GUCACAUGACCACACGGUAAAACCGGAAGUGAGCCGCCUAGGCAACAUGGCCGCCGUCUACCACACAGAGCAGCAGAUCUUGCCAGCUAUGUGACUACAGGCGCCCGUUAAGCAACACUUGUGUUGGAUCUGUUCGGUGUGUUGGCUGUCGUGACGCGGGACCGACAUGGCCCAAUGUGUCCAGUCGGUACAGGAGUUCGUCCAGGACUCGUUCGUUCCCAUGGUGGCCGUCCUGUGCAGCGACGAGGCGGAGAGAAUGACUCGAAAGAACAACCUCAAUUUUGCCGAACUGCUUCGGCCUUUCUGCCGGCUGACUUCCGAAGGUCACAUCCGGGAUCCCAACAACCAGCUGCAGAUGGUCAAAAACCUGCGCAUUUGUGUCAACAACAUCGUGACGAGCACCAGCACGGCGUCCGCCACCCUCAGCCCGGCCCAGCGUCUCCGACUCAAUGAAGUAGUGUUAUCCUGCCAUCCACAGGAGGGUACUGUGUCCACCACCAUCACAGCGGGGGACUAUGACCUCAGCUUCAACGAUCACUCUCUUAAAGCUAGCGCCCCCUGGUACAGUGCCUGGAGAGACACUCUAGAAGAGGUCUGCACCUCCAAGCACUUCACAGCGACCACGCCCUGGUUUGAGGCCUACAGGGAGAACUUCCUACAGUCGAUGCCCGCCUCCGAUCACGAGUUCCUCAAUCACUACCUCGCCUGCCUGCUGGUUGUGUCAUCAAGUGAGGCCGUCCCUGUUGAGCAGUUCCUCAAACUGUCCCAAGAGCAGCACCGCAUCCAGCACAGUGGGGAGUACACCAAGCCAAAGUGGUUCAUUCCCAACACGCUCAAAUACUACGUGCUCCUACACGAUGUCAGCGAGGGCGAUGGGCAAAGGGCAGACACUGUGUAUGAGGAUAUGAAGCAAAGGUAUGGACCUCAGGGCUGCUACCUGCUGAAAAUUAACUCUCGCACACUCCCCGCCGAACAGAACGAACAGAUUCCAGACCCGUGGAGUCAAUACCUGCACAAAAAUGACCUGCAGAUGCAGGAUCAGCUUGAUGAUGCUUUUCCAGCUGCGAGCUCUACCACAGAGGAAAAUGACAUCAGUGCAACAGAGGAUCAUAAUUCAUCAGAAACGGGUGGAGAAGCUAACCGGCUGGAAGACCACCCUCUACAGUUGGACUCUGCAAGCAGCUCAGGCAGUCUCCAGGCCCUUAGCACCACCCACACGGAAGCCAAAAAACCUGCGAGGGAGACUGAGAGUGCAUCAGUGGGACACGGGGCUUGUCUGACCUUGAAUGACCACGACCACAUUCGCCAGUUUAUCCAGGAGUUCACCUCCAGGGGCCUGCUGCCUCACAUAGAAAAGAACAUCAGGCAGCUCAAUGAUCAGCUGGUCUCCAGAAAAGGUUUGAGCCGGUCUCUGUUCACGGCCACCAAAAAGUGGUUUGGAGGUGGGAAAGCUCCGGAGAAGAGCAUCAGUGAGCCCAAGAGCACUUCUGGCCUUCUCUAUCCUCCAGAGGCCCCUGAACUGCAGAUCAGGAAGAUGGCCGACUUGUGCUUCCUGGUUCAGCACUAUGAGCUGGCCUACAGUUGUUACCACACAGCCAAGAAAGACUUCCUGUCUGACCAGGCCAUGCUUUACGCCGCAGGGGCACUGGAAAUGGCUGCAGUGUCUGCAUUUCUUCAGGUUGGAGCCCCCCGACCAUAUCCUGCACAUUACAUGGACACGGCCAUCCAGACUUACAGAGACGUAUGCAGGAACAUGGUGCUGGCAGAGCGCUGUGCUCUCCUCAGUGCAGAGAUACUCAAGAGCCAAGGCAAAUACUCGGAAGCUGCAACACUCCUCAUCAAAAUGACCAGUGAGGACUCAGACCUGCGCAGUGCACUGCUGUUGGAGCAGGCUGCCCACUGCUUCAUUAACAUGCGGACUCGCAUGCUGCGCAAGUUUGCCUUCCACAUGAUCCUGGCGGGUCACCGCUUCAGCAAAGCAGGCCAAAAGAGGCACGCGCUGCGCUGCUACUGUCAGGCCAUGCAGGUCUAUAAGGGCAGGUCCUGGUCUCUGGCAGAGGACCACAUCAACUUCACCAUUGGCCGGCAGUCCUUCACUCUUGGCCAACCUGAAAAGGCUGUGGCCGCCUUCAAGCAGAUCCUGACUAACGACAGCAGGCAGACGGCCACACAGCAGGGCGCCUUCCUCAGAGAGUACCUCUACGUUUACAAGAGUGUGAUCAGCAGAAAUGAAGUCAUUCUGCCUCAGCUGCCGCUGCCCUGCAUCCAGAGCUCUGCCACCAGGGUCUACUUUGGUCAUGAGCGCCGCCUCGCCGAAGGUGAAAAGCAGGCCGCCACUCACGUGUCGCUGGACCAGGAGUACGACCCAGACUUGGCAGCAAUGUGGUACAAGCUGGAGGAGCAACUGGCGGCUGCCACCAACCGAGGGGUGGUUCCUGUGAACUUCCAGCCUAGCCAGUGCUACCUGAACAGCCAGACGGAUAACCUGCACAACCCGCUGGCUGUGGUGGAAGAGCCAAUCAUUGUGGAGGUGAUGUUCAGGAACCCUCUCAAGGUUCCCCUGUCGUUGUCCUGCCUCUCACUCAUAUGGAGGUUCGCCUGCGAUGGCGAGAAAACAACUCAAGAUUCUUCAGGAGCGUUGAUCACAAAUGAAGACACGUCGGCUCAGGAGACGUCACACAGAGAUGACCUUGUCACCACUGAGACCAUCCCAGACUUUCAUUUGGGUCCAGAGGAAACCAAAAUGGCUCGGCUAAGGCUGCUGCCGCACAGAACAGGCCAGCUGAACAUUGUGGGUGUGGUGUACGACCUGGCUGCUGCGUCCUCUGGAGACACAGUUGCAGACGGGCAGCAGAAGUCUGAUGUCAUGGUUGUUCGAGGAAGGCAAGACCUGAAGAUACGAGGCCUUCGACUAAAUCAGACAAAAGAGGACAAGAUGUUUGUACGAUACGGACCCGACCGUCGCCUGGAUCCGAUCAUCACCCCGCCCAUGGCCCUGAUGGAGGUCUUCUUCCUGCAGUUUCCCACCGCUCUGCUGUGUGGCGAGAUCAGAAAGGCAUAUGUUGAGUUCUGCAACGUCAGCAGCGUGUCCCUUUGCGGCUUGCGCGUAGCAUCCACACAUCCCGAUUUCUUCACCUUCGGCAGUCAGGCCACGACGCCCCUCACGCCCCUCAGUCCAACCUCAGCUGAAAACUGCUCAGCCUACAAAACCUUAGCCACACCCCCUGGAUCCACGCUGGGCGCUGUGGCAUCCGAGACACUGGUCUCAGCAGAAGAUUUCAGUCUGCUCUCUAAUGUGGUGGACAUCCCCAUAAAUGGCGGCACACUGCACCCGGGUGAGUCCACGCAGCUUCCUCUCUGGCUUCGAGGCCCAGACCAGGAAGGUGUUCAUGAGAUCAACUUCCUGUUCUACUAUGAGAGCGCAGAGAAAGGGACCAAGAUCAGUCACCGCGUGCUGCGGCACACGGUGUUCAUCUGCGCAAGUCGUUCUCUCAGCGUGCAAGCAUCGGCGUGCUGCAGCAGCGUACCACCUCAGCACAGCCCGGACGAGGACGGUGGGACGCUAGUUUUCAUUGAUGUGGAGAAUAUUAACACGAGUGAAGCUGGCGUCCGCGAGUUCCACAUCAUUCAGGUGUCAAGUAGCAGUCAACGCUGGCGCCUGCACAAGUGCAUCAACCCGGCCAAGGAGAAAGACUGCAAACUCAGCAGCAGAGAACGAGCCAAGCUGUGUUUCAGGGCCACGCCAUGCAAACAUCCACAAGCUACCUCAGACGCCGUCAAGCUCUUCACCUUUGCAGACCUAAACCUGGGCAACGAGCGGAUCGUUAGUUCUGCCACGCCCUGCGGUGACUUCUUCUUUCGAUGCCGCUGGACUUCUGAGUCUCGGCAAGCUGAUACGUCGUCAGCCAGGACGUCGUCCGAUACAAAGAACUCGAGUCUGGUCGCCGUUGAGGACAAAAAGUGUGAUGUGGCCCACAUGGUGAAGAAAUGCAACGAACUGGACCUCAGCAUCAUCGUCAUCUGGAAGGCGUAUGUGGUGGAGGACAACAAGCAGCUGAUCCUGGAGGGUCAGCUCCAUGUGGCGUUGCAGGCUGUCGGCAAGGAGGCCACUUCUUUGACACCCAAAGAGGAAGCUCAAGAGAUGGUUCUGUUCAAGUUUAAGUCGGAUCUGCCACCUCCAGCCGUGCUGCAAUCUGCAGAACUGUCCCGACUGGUGAAGACCAACAUGCACUACCCUGAAACAUACACACACGCAUUCACACACAACAGUAUUUGUGUGGUUCCAGUUUCUUUGGUUCUGUCCAACUGCUGCUGGACUCAGGUGGAUGUGGUCGUUGACUUGAGGCAUAAAAGCAUCAGUUCUGAGGCCUGGGAAGUCCACAGCGCAUUCACAUGGGUGGGUCAAAGCCGCUACAAAGUGCAGCUGAAGCCUCGCCAGGUGAUGUGCCUCACAUUGCGAGCAUGCUUUGUCCAGCCUGGCGUCUACAACCUCAACACACCGCGGGUCUUCGCCAAGCCCGCCGAACAGGACACUGCGUGUGAGACCAGUCAGCAGAACGCCGGUCCUGCCCUCAUCAUCGUCAACAACAACAACAACGCCUGAGCGUAUGGGACGAUGCCAAGAACCGCAAGAGAUUUUAAUUAAAAGCAGUCUGUGAGAAAGUUGCCACAGAAGAAGUCGUCACAGCUGUGACUUGGAAAAUACACCGAAGGGAUUUCAAUUUGCAAUGGGCUGCAGUGCUCAGGAGCGCCACCGGAGGUCAGCAUACUUGUGGAUCAGGAUGCUGUGUGUGCAUGGGGGGGACCUAUACAAGGUUGGGGAUGAACCAUUUAGAAUCAAGGACCUCCUACUGAGGAAUAAUUUCCUGUAUGGCACAGGGGUUGGCCCCACCACUUUUUAGGAGGGUAGUUGCAGGUUGUGCUUCUAGCUUCCAUCAAAGAUGAAGUGUUCAUGACCACUCAAUCAUUCUGAAGCUAGUAGCAUGUCUGAACUGUCAAAACCAAAAGACUACCACACAGCACUCCCAAACAAAACGCCCUCCCCCACCCAGCCCUGAACCGUCCUGUGGGAACGCGUGCUUGUAUUAGCAAGAUGUUGACUCCAAUUUUAAAACUAACCUGCGUGAUUGUCACCUCCUGUUAAAAAAGGUGUACUAUAUUUAUAACAAAUAUCAUGUAAAUAGUAAAUAAACAUGUUACUAAUUCUU